GAGACUAGCGCGCUUUAAGAGUAGUGCGUUACAGAUAUGUGUCAAGUGGAAAUGAGGCAACUAAAAUGCACAACUGUCUCUAGAAUGAAAUAGUGCAGUAGAUGUAUCCGUUUUCAAAUAAAAGCUGACAGUUAAAAUUCCUUAGAACCCGGUCCCUGUCUGUAAAGCUAUUGUUGCUUAAAAUUUUUUAAAAAGUUCAAUUAUGAAAAUUCGUAGUGGGCUGGUUUUGACAGCUUUAGCAUCUCAGAUAUCAUCGGCAUUUGAUGAAUCAUCAAAAAAAUAUAGGCCUCGUCAACGUCAAUAUCAUCGGCAGGAUUCAUCGCAUAUUACAGAAUACAUUUGUCGUGCACAAAAAAUGGUGUACGGGUUUAAGGAAAAGGUGGGUUGUCCUGGUAUGUCUGUCUGUGUCUCAUUAUCAGGGAAGAUUAUUUAUCAAGAAGGUGUUGGAUAUGCCAAUGUUGAGCAUAUGGUACCAGUAAAUGAAAAUACAGUAUUCCGAAUAGCGAGUAUUAGUAAGCCGUUUACUUCAUUAUUGGUUGGAAGAUUAUUGGAUCAACACAAGUUAGAUCUUGACGAAGAUAUCCGAUCCUAUUUACCUGAGUUUCCGGAGAAAAUAGUCAAUGGAACAUAUGCCAAAAUAACUGUUCGAUCAUUGCUCAACCAUACCAGUGGUAUUCGUAGUUACAAAAAAACUUCAGAUGAAAAUAAACAAUCAGCGUAUCCAGAAAUGUUAAAUACUGUUCGUUUUAACGAUACAUUAAAUGCUUGUGAUAUGUUUAAAGAUGAUACAUUAGUUCAUGCACCUGGUAUUGAAUAUACCUAUAGUACAUUUGCAUUCACUUUAUUAUCAGCAGUUAUUGAAAAAAUUUGUUUAAACAAAGGUAGUUUAUUUGAUCAACCAUUAGCAACAGUUAAAGGUGAAUCAAAGUCAUCUUGUGAAAACGAAACAAAAUCUACAAACACUUUACCGAAAUGGGCAAGAUUUGAUACCAAUCUUUUAAGACUUUUUCAAUACCUCAAUUUGAAUAAUACCUGUUUAGAGUAUCCUGAGAAGAUAAUUUCUUCAAGAGCUGCUCAGUAUUGUCGCUCCGAUAAAGGGAUACUUACAAACACUCCCACAAUUGAUAAUUCAUAUAAAUGGGCUGGUGGAGGUAUUCUUUCCACAGCUAGUGAUCUAAUUCGCUUAGCUGAUCAUUUAGCAUUUAUUUAUAUGGGUUGGCUUGAAUCAUAUGGAAUUGUUAAACAAUCUACUUUGAACCAAUUAUUAUGGAAAGUUUCUUGUGUACCACCAGAUCGAAGUACAUUACCUGGACUGGGUUGGUUUUUAGCCAGACGUUCAGGUGAUCCAGCAACUAAAGAAAAUGGAUACCCUGACCGAUUAUAUGCAUUGCAUACAGGUGGUGCAGUGGGUGGUACAACUGUUCUUCUUCUUAGUCUCCCUUUGUUAUGUAAUAAUGAUAAUAUUCCUAAUAAAACAAAUGAAGGAAACACUUUUUCUACUACGGAUAAUAAUCAUAAUUUCAUUUCAUCUGUACAUAAUAACAAUGUGAUAAUAUAUCCAGUGAAUAAAAUAUAUCCAGUAGAUAUUCGAAUAAAAGCAGCCAAUAUUCCCCCAAUUAACGUGGUUAUUUUAACUAAUUUAGAAAAUGUUUCUGGUAUAUCAGAACUAGCUAUACAUUUAUCUGAAUUAUUUUUGGAUUAUGCUAUAAAAUUGAAAGAAUAUAAAAAUGAUGAAGAAAUAGAGAAAUGUUGAUUCAGGCAGUAUUGAUCAAUAUGAAUAUUAUUUUUUUGCUCUCUUUUUGUUUGUUACCAUGUCAUUUUGAUUAUAUUUUCUUUCCUAUUGAAAGGUUUACUAGAUCAUAAUAACAAUAUCUAUGCGUGAUUUAAUAAUCAGUAACAUUUUCUUAUACAAUUCGAUAAAUUAAAAGAAAAGACAUUUAUCAACAUCUGACUAAGCUAUUUGUUUCUGUACAAAGAAUGUAUAAGACAGUUUGUUUGGUCUACGGGAAUUCUUUUUUGUAAUAUUGAAUGUUUAUUAUCAUAUUAACAUUCGAAAUUUCCUUUAAUUUACAGAUUUUUCUUCAUUUUUUUUAAAAAUAAUUGCAAAUAUUUUGAAAAAAAUUAAUCGUUUCUGUAUAAUAAAAGAAUGCUCGUAAAAUACAAGUAUUUCAUCAUAG